AGUUGAAAUUAAAAUUGAUCAACAAAUCGACAAUCUACAAUUUGCCAUACACGAAACUUCAAAAUUGUCGAUUUGUUUAUCAACUUCUAUAGUUCAAAAGGAUGACCGAGUUUGGUAUAAUAGCAGGAUUAUCACGUUGGCUUAUCAAUUACUCCACACAAGUGUUUAUACAUGUAUCAACCUGUUUAUCAAUCGGCCAGUCGAUACUUCCAAGGCAUCAAUUUGUCAAUCGUCGACUCGUUGACAAACAUUAUCACACACCUAUCAAUUUAUCUGUCAAUCUUAAGUUUUUCAGCAAAUCGACAAACCGAUCGUUUCGUGUAUGUGGGCCUUAUUGAAGCAGCAUUUGAAUGCAACUGUAGCGCUAGUAAUAUAUGGCCCUAUUUUAACAUUUGCCACGGGAAUAUUGAUAAAACGAUUAUAUCUUGAAAAAAUGACCAAACUUAUAGAUUAUAGGUCACAAAUUAUGAACAUAACUGUGUUAUUCAUUUAAUAAUAUAUAAAGAUAUUUGUGGUAAAAUGUUAACUCGGAAAGAAGCAUUGUUUAUAAAGCCAUUUCAAGAACGAUUAUACUGCCAACAUAAAACUAAACUCAAGUCAGCAACAGCUCGAGUGGACACCAAAUCACCUCAAGAAUGGAAUCACGUAGUGAAAAAACAAAAAAAGCUUCAAAAAGAAAAAGAGCGAUGUACUCAGAUUUACAUAAACAACAGUAUAUUGUGGCAACAUUUGAACAAUAUCAUGAGCACUCGUCGUGUCGACAAUCACUGGAAAUAUCAACAACCAAAAUUUUUUCAUCGCGUAAAGUUAUUCAACAAACAAAACAACAAAUUAACAAUAGAGAUUGAUGAUCAGGCAGAAAAUAACAAAUCAUUAAACCAUCUAACACCAUUAGAAAUUAAGAAAGAAAAUUGCAGUGCUUGUAAUCCCCGACUAAUAAUAAACAAAACCAAUUUGCCAGAAGAACGAAUUCCAUGGGAACCUGCAAAGAAAAAACUUUCAAAAAAACUUCAAAGCCUAUCAUUUCAAAAAGAUAAUUUUGAAAAUGAAAAACGUCAUUUAGUAAAACAAAAGACAAAGGGAAUAGUAAUAAACGAAAAAAAAAAAAUUAUUACAGAGAAUAAUAUAAAAGUCAAGAACAAAUUAACUAUAGAGACCAGUAAUUAUGUCAAUUGCAUAGAAAUAAAAGAAGGUUGUUUGGAUUUAGUAAUUAAGUAUCCACCAAAAAGUAAGGUGACAAUGAAAGAUGGAAUCAGGAGUCAUAUAUUACAAGCUAAUAAUUGAAUUUUUUUCAAUUAUUACAAUAAUUUCCACAUUUGAUGUGAGUUAAUAGAAAAAAAUAAUUCAAUGCAAAUUUUUUUUAGUUUUUUGGUUUAGAACAAAAAUUAAGUUUAUACAUAAAACUGAUAACAAUAUUUAAUUGUAAAAACAUUUUCUGUAAAUCAUAUAGUUAACAUGAAAAUAUGUAAUAAUAUAAAUAUCAUUAAAAAGCAUGACUCAAUAGGGGGUAAUUGAGCUCUAGUUACCAGUUUAACUAUGAAAAAAAAAAAAACUUACUUACAAUUGAUACCAUUAUAUAAAGAUAACUCUCUCUACUGCUAUGAAAAUUAGAACACAUUCUAAAUAAGAGAAGUAAAAAUUAAUUAUAUAAAUU